UCCCGAGGCGUGGUCUGGUCUGGAUCUAACCACGCCCCCUCCCCGCGUGACUCGGCUCCACGCAGAGACCACGAUGGAGGCGGCGGCGGCGGGUUCGAACGCUGGGUCCAGAUCGGGUUCGGGCCCCGCUCCAGCUGCGCUGCCCCCUCUGGACGCUGAGUCGCGGGAGCUGCUCGAGGCCUGGCGGGACCGGGUCUCCUGCGAACUUGACACUGUCGUUGACUUCUGGAUCCGUCACUCGCACGACCCCGAGCACGGCCUCGGAAGGUGCCUAGGAGUCCUAGAGACUCCCAACUCCCCUCCAGCGCCCGAGGGGACUUUCAACCCAGGUGUCCGAGCGCUGACCACCCACCCUGCCCCCAGCGGGUUCUUUUCUUGUCUGAGCCGCGACGGGACCGUCUAUGACGAGACUAAGUACGUCUGGAUGCAGGGUCGGCAGGUCUGGGUCUACGCCCGCCUCUACCGCUCGGUCCCGCGGUUUCGGCGCCCGGAGCUACUAGAAGCAGCGCGGGCCGGGGGCGAGUUUCUGCUGCGCUGCGCGCGUCCGGACCCGCGUGUGCCCAAGGCCGCGUUCGCGCUGCUCCGAGACGGACGCGCGGCCAAGGUGCAGCGCUCUGUCUUCAGCGAGUGCUUCUGCGCGCUCGCGCUCGACGAGCUUGGCCGCGCCACCGGGAACGCGUGCUAUGAGGCGGCGGCGCGGGAGGGGCUGGAGGCGGCGGAGCGGUGGGCGCGGGAGGAGCCGAACGGGCCCGGGCGCCCCCCCCUCCUGCGCCUGCACCUGCAGCGUGGCAGGACUGCAGUGCUGGAGCACGUGUCCCAGGACGGGCUGGAGCUGCCGGGGAGCCUAGGCCGACUGCAGAACCCCGGGCACGCGAUCGAGGCGGGCUGGAUGCUCCUGCUCCACGCGCGGGCGCGGGGGGACAUGGCGGCGGCGGACGAGGCCAUCGACGGCUUCAUGCUGGGGCCGCUGGAUGCUGGCUGGGACUCGCCCCACGGAGGGCUACUGGCCUUCCACGACGCCGACGGGCUCUGCCCCACGCAGCUGGAGUGGGCGAUGAAGCUGUGGUGGCCCCACGCCGAGGCCCUUGUCGCGCUUCUCGCCGCCUUCGCUCAUCGCCGCGACCCAGCGCUACUGCGCCGCUUCGAGCAGGUGGCGGAGUUUACCUUCCAGCGGUUCCCAGACCCCGAGCAUGGCGAGUGGUUCGGGUACCUGAACCGGGACAGCAGCUUGGCCCUCUCCAUCAAGGGGGGGCCCUUCAAAGGCUGCUUUCAUGUGCCUCGAGCCUUGUACAUGUGCGAAGAGCUUCUGAACGAGAUCUUAGCUGGGCCGUAGCGCCUCCCCUCUCGGAUACCUGAGCUUCUGGGACAUCGCCCUCCCGUGGGGGAUAUUGGGUUUCCCGGAAACCUGGGUCCUCUGGGAGUCCGCCCAGACGCCUGGGUUCCUUGGGACACCUGCUGGACCCCUCCCAGACGUCCCCUACCUGCUGGAUCCCCCCUUCCCCCAGCCCUUCCCAUCUGGUCGACCUCCCACUGCCCCCACACCUGGGUGCUCUGGGAGUCCGCCCGGAUGCCUGGGUUCCCCCCAGCUUCUCCCCACCUUUUCUCCCCCCAGCUGCUGGACCCCCCUUUGACCCCUCCCCCACCACUUGGAAUCUGCUGAUCUCUGUCCUCCGCCCUUCCUCCCCUAAUAAAUGUGGAGUCUGUCCUGUC